AUGGCGGCAAAGAGAGGAUUGGCAAAACAGACCUCUAGGGUAAGCAAAGCGUGUGAAAGAUGUCAUAGGAAAAAGAUUAAGUGUGACAGUAAGAAACCAUGUUUUGGUUGUGUUGGAUCUCAGUCUAAAUGCACGUAUAAAAAUCAACUGUACGAACCCAUUGAGGUUUUUUUCAAUUAUACAGGCAGUCUCAGUAACAAUCUGGAUAAUGUUAAGUGUAGUAUAGCCAAAUUGAAAACUCAGCUACCUCCAAGCGCACCGGCAUCUCUACGGAAAGACCUAGCCAAUAUUUGCACAGAGCUCGAAAAAAUUCAACCUCAGCUUUACCUUAAUCUAGACAGCAAGGAAAUUAGCUCUUACGAUGGUCCGAAGUCGAUAGAAACAGAAAUUAUUGGGAAACAGUCUAAAUUUCUGAACAGGUUCUCUAACGCUUUUGAAAGCAAUACCGCACAAAAUGUCAGUAUGUACUUUGGAGUCUACUCACCGCUGCUAUAUUUUACUUCCACCGGCAUUAGCUGGAUAACUAAAAAAUUGAUUUCAUGUUCGGAUGAUAGGGAGACGAGAGAGACCAUCUAUUUAUUUUUGAAGUUUCUUGACGCUAGCUCUGCUAGUCAUGCUAGUCCUAAAGUAACUUCGAUAUCUCCUCUAGAGUAUUAUGCAAAGUUGAACGGGCUUUCAUGUGGAAACGACGUACUUAUUCAACACAUUAUGUCAAAUAUAUCCAAUGAAAUCAAAGAGAAUACGAACAUCACUCGAACUAAUAAAUUUAAUAAACCAACGGACUGGUUUAUGUACGGAGUACAUCUAAUGGAACAGCAUCACAAGACGUUGGAUCGUAAAAGUUCCAAAUUGUUGUCUUUGAAAGGUUUUCUUGAGCAGGAUGAGUUGAUUUUUUGUCUUUGUCUUGAGUAUUUUGAAAGAUCCAUAUUUUCAACAAUGUACGAUUUGAUCAUUUUAAAGGGUUUAGUCUCACUGAUGAAACAUAGAUAUUGGAUCGACGAUCCUUUUGUGUUGGGAAGAAUUAUUUGCACGAUGUCCAGGCGAAGUUUGGAUGCUGGUUUAAACCGUUGGGAAUAUUAUAUUGGCCAAGAGGAGGGCACUGCGGAAGCAUAUCGUAAGUUAUGGUGGGAUUGCUAUUGGUGGGAUAGAUGGUACUCCUUGGUCACCGGCAAGCAGCCAUUGAUACCAGAUGAAAUGACCUCGUGUCUCUUUCCUAAGGAAGUAGUCGGAUUAGGAGUAGACGAUUCGAUGGACUGUUUUACUUUAAUAAACUUGGUCAAGCUCGACCCAAGUAAACUUGAAGUUUGUAUUUCUUUCGGCUAUAUUCUAUUGACAAAAAUCAUUACAGCAGUAUUUUCUGGGUUGCUUUAUAAUCGACAUUUUACAGACUACAGAUUAUUUGCCACGCCUGAUACAAAAGACCUAAAUGGAACUGCACAACAGCUUAUGGCGGAGUUUUCAAAGGUAUAUAAAAUUUUCCAGCGCGUACAAGACAAGCUAGUUCCUUUUCUCAAACAAUACUCUGAAAACAGUAGUGCAUUUGAAUUAUACACCCAUUUUGGGUUUGCUAAGGUUUGUUGUUUCCAGGGAAUAGAGACUUUGAUAUUAAGGAUACAAAAUCUCUUACAAGGAAGAGAAAAAGCCGAACUCGAUUCAUGCGUAAAGGACAUCAGGCUUGAAACCUUUAAAGCAUCUGUAGAUAUUUUAACAGACAUUCUCAAGCUGAAAGAUAUGUUCUAUAUUUUCCGAUGUUCGUGGUUCAUAUAUGCGAUCUUGAUGAAUAUCACCUUGUAUUUCAUCGAGACCCCCAGAAGAAACUCGAUAUCUUAUUUAUCCUUGAUGUGCAGUGUGAUAGCCUCAUUUGAUGAUUUAUUCAUAAGCUCUGGCAAUGUUAGCCUCAAGGGCAAUAACGCGUUUUUUAAAAAGUUGCAAAAUGGGACAACAGUGUCCUUCAUCCUAACACGUAUUUGCUGCCAGAUGUACAUACGAUCGCAGAAAACGACUAGAGAAUCAUUAUUCAGUGAACUGAAAAAAUACGGCCAGGCUUGUUCGGAUGCUAGUCAAGCAGUGUUGGAUAUUGAAUGUAUCUGGUACAAGAAUAUAAUAGGGGAACAUAAAGAAUCGAGCUUUCGUAAAGAAAUUCUCAGUAUUCUUGAUAGGGACAUGGGCGAUCUGGUGAAUAAUAGGGUUAUUGGUGUACAAGGAAAAAAUGAGACGGGUACUUGUCAUGAGGAGUUGCCGCUCACCGGCAUGGAUUUUGGCAGCCUCGAAAAUUUUGUGACUUCAGGAUCUCUACCAGACUUUCUCAAUCUAUUUUGGGAGGACAUUGAGUUGGGUAUUUCUAAAGGAAACUUUGGAGAGUAA